UCAGACAACCGCUCUACUAACAACGUCGACUCUCAGACAAACUGCUGUACUGGAGGUCGGGGAUCGAGAAAAAAAUACACCUGCUGUCACCAAAUGCACGCAUCAUAAGCGACUAAUGUUUUGGCGUUGAUGUUGAACGAGUAUUUAAACAUUUGUCGCCUGUUUAUACAUUGUGUGUGUACCUACGCAUAGGCGUUUUUGUAUUUGUUAUGCCGUGGCGUACAUCUGGGUAUGUUAUAUUGUGACAAAUAGUGAAGAAAGUGUAGAUUCGACAUAGUCGUGGUACGCUAAGAAAAACAAAAAGGCAAAAAGCAAAGGUAAAAACAAUGACGGUUGUCUUUGUGACCCGCAUUCCUAAAGGGUUAAAACAUGCCCCUGUGUCACGAAUAAUAAAACAAGGCAUUGAAACAGUUGCUCAGGUAAAGAAAAUAUGGGUACAUCCAAAUAAGGGGUAUGCAUUCGUUGAACUAUACUGUGAGUCUUCAAUAGACAUGGUUCUUACGUUGGACAAACAAAUUGAAGUAAACAAAGCUCCGUUACAACUAGAAAGGUCCAAGUCGUCAAUCAGAAAGAGAAGACAGCAGGUAACCAAGAAACAAGUGGAACAUGUUCAAACUCCUGACUCCUUAAAUAGCAGUAGCUUUGUUGGAUACCAUACGUAUACAGAAUAUAAACAUGACCGAAACAAAAAAGAAAGGGGGCACAAACCAGCAGUCAUUUCCAUUAGAAAACUCAAAAAGAAAAAACCAUGGAAGAAGGUCACAAUGCAAACUCCCAUAACACCACCAAGACCAAGGCUUGUCAAGAAAGUGCCCACGGGGUUUGAACAUUCCAGAAAAAGAAAUUACCAUCAUAUCAUAGCAAAGUGUCCAUCCAUCACGACAUGUGUUGAGCACCGAAAUCGUAAACAGAACAGUGUCCUUAACAGUAUUCCUGUCGACAGUAUCCAAAAUGUUGAAGAAGAUAUUAUUCCUGCCUGUGGCAAGGAUGCUUCGAAAAUUUCAACCCCUCAUACAGAUUGCGGAAGCUCAUCUCUAAAAACAAGUGGUUAUUUUACUUUUCAAAAGCGUUUGCCGCUCAAGCGUGUUGCAAACAACCCCGGUAGUCAGUUUGUUCAAGCCCAUGUGUAUCACAACUCAAAAUAUCUUUUCGACAUAGAUGUUGACAACAACAUGGUUUUUGAAAGCAUUCAGACUGCAAUAUGUCACAAGCAUAAAAUUACCUCAGACUCGUUUCUCUUAUUCUUUAACGGUAGGUUGUUGGAUAAAACGUCUCAAACAAUGAUAUGUAACGAUGAAAAUAUUCACAUGACUGUCAAAGGUGUUGGUGGCAUGAAUGAAGAUGAUCGACAAAGUUCAAGAAGAAGAAGAAGGUUGAGAGGUGCUCAGGAAAGGAUACGAGGUGCGACAUGGAAUCGUGUGGAAGAUAGAUACUCAUCCUCGGGACCCUUCGAGCACCAACAUGUUACUCGAAAACCUGUAAAUAGCAGUGGACGAAGGACUUACUUUGAUCGGUGGUCAGCAGAAAAUAGAAGUGCAUCUAGCAACAGAGGUUAUUUAGCCACACGUUCAAAACCAAUCACUCGGCAAACAGAAAAGACAACGAAACCCGUUGAGGAUAUAAGCCCAUCUUUACGGGAGAUAUCCUCUUCCCUCGAUCACUUACACCUUACUCCUACACCUUCAUCUCGCAGUAGACGAUCAACUAUAACGGAUGUCGAUGAUUGGCUGUCAAGAGGAAACAGAACUGCAAGUGACUACUACAGCUCUCGACAUUUUGCAAUAUCUCCAGAACCAGUAGAUCAACAAACAGACCCGUACUACGGUAAGGAGUUGAAGCAACAGUUACGGAUCGUGUUGAUUGGCAAAACAGGAGUUGGAAAGAGUGCGACAAGCAACACUUUACUUGGGACAGAAGCGUUUAAAUCUUUCGUUGCGGGGGCCUCGGUGACUCAUAGAUGUCAAUCUGACGAAGCGCGUCGAUUUGGGAAACAUCUCGUAGUUGUUGAUACGCCAGGCAUGUACGAUACUGACGUCAGCAUAGAACAGACUAAAGAAGAGGUCAGCAGAUUAAUCAAUAUGACGAUACCGGGUCCUCACGCUAUUAUCCUUGUUGUCGCCAUAGGGAGGUUUACUAAAGAAGAACAAGAUACAAUUAGACAACUUGCUGAGUUGUUUGGUGACGACAUAUAUAAAUAUAUGAUUGUGCUAUUUACAGGAAGAGACCAUUUAGAACGACAGUCGGAAAGUUUAGAAACAUUUAUUAAAAAAGGCACACAACAUCUUCGGGACGUGUUGGAUAUAUGCAACUAUCAGUACAUUGCGUUUGACAAUACUAAACCAAGAGCAGAACGGGACAGUGAUGCUAAACAGUUGGUGGAUAUGGUUGACGUAAUCGUUGAACGUAAUGGUGGUUCUCAUUAUACUAAUGAAAUGUAUAAGAAAGCAGUGGAAGUCUUCAGGACACGUGAACUGGAACGUCAGCGAGAAAAAGAGGAGCAAAAGCGAUUACAUGAAGAGCAAAUCAGGAAUGAAGUAAGAGCUGAGUACAGAAAACUACAUCAGGAAAUGGAAGAGAAAAAUAGGAGUUUACAAUAUGACCUACAACAAAGUUGUGAGCGUGCUGUUUCGAACGAAAACGAAAUAAGAAAUAUAUAUCGUCAAAUGAAAGAAAACAAAAGAAAGGAUAAGGAAAGGGAAGAUAAGAUAGAACAAGAAAAAGAUGAUUUACAGGCUAAGUUACGAGACGCUGAGACAAAAUUAGCAAAGUACAUGGAUGGCUAUGAAGUGGAUCCCAAACAAGUGAAGCUGUUACAGGGAGAUGUGAAAACUCUAACUGCAACUCUACACAAAAAAGAGAGAGAAAGAACAGAACAGGAACAGGAUGGUAACGAACAACAACAAUCUAUGCAAGCGGUGCUUGAUUCAUUACAAAAGAAAAACGAGAACCAUCGUAAAUUGAAUCAAAGGUUGUUAGAUAAAGCUGAUGAAAGAAAGAAAUAUCAAGAAACGGAGAAAGAAAAGAUACUAAACAAAAUGACUAAAAUGCAAGAAAAACUUGAAGAGCAGUUACAGGCGAGUAAAAAUACAUCCGAUGAAAGAAAUGAACUAAUUUCGGAUUUACAAAAAAACAUAGAGAAACUCCUAAAGGAGAAGAAAAAAAAGUCUUGUUCAAUUAUGUGAUAGUACGUUUUACUGCGAUGCAUAAAUGCUUGUAUAACUCAGUAUAAUUUUUAUUUAUCAUGGUAUGUGUCCCAUCGCCCAAUUGCGGAUCAAUACACCUAUAAUGGCUCAAUCAACCUAAAUUGUAUAGCUGUAAAAAAUGUAUAGCCGUAUCAAGCUAUAGUUUCUAAGAUUUUAAACUUGCAUAAAAAUCUAGGAUAAUGUUGAUAUAGAGAGAAGCAUACAUUCAGGUGUAACCAUAACAUGAUUGAUUAUUUCUCAUCGAAUGUAAACAGAGUACAUAUGUAAAUAAACACGGAAAAUAGUAUUCAUUUUUACACAAGUUUAUGAUAAAAUUGUGGUGCCACAUGUGUACAAGAGUUUUACAUGAAGAUUGUAUUUUUGUUCCUUUGAAAACAACAACGGCGAUCUACAUUCGUAGCUGAAGAAAGAUAGUUUUUUAAUUUGUGUAUGUAUAACAUACAUGUAUAUAGACUUUCCUCAUCAUAUCAUUGCAAAAGAACCACUGAACAUCAUGCUUACACAUGUAUACUUCUAAUGUACAGAUGUACACCUGUAGCUCCAUAGCUGGUAUUUGAUAUAAAAACAGUGCUUUAUUGAGAAGUGCUGUCUCUUUUAAGCUCCUUUGGUGGCACAUGAUGGUCUAGAUGAUGAAUCCCGAUAUAAAUACGUAUAUAGUCUUAACUGCUUGCCUAAAUCUAUCUCAUUCAAAAAUCAUUUGUGUAUAUAUGUAUAGUUACGAAUUAUAUUACUUUUUUUGUACCCGCAUAUGCUGUUUUACCUGUUGUCCCGUUUUUUAAACCAAAUAAGUAUACAACAUGAUGGAUAGUUUUCUGUGUAAGGCAAGUCGAACAUUUUAGUCAUUUAAAAGUAUUGUACUGAAAUAAAGUACAAAGUUUAUACAAUACAAUAUGCUUGAAUAUUGAGUAAUUCGACGUAUGAAUUGCACCAAUUAUGUUUUGAUUAAAUAAAUAUGAUAAGGAAUAGUA